UCUCCCCGUCUUUUCUCUUGACUUCCUUCCCUUUUUUCUUCUUUUUUCCAUUCCCAUUCCCUCCUUUCAAUUUCCUCCCCACUUCCCUUUCCUUUUUCUCCAUUCUCCUUUCACCUCCCCUCCUUGUCCCGCCCCUCUUCGCCUUGCCCCCCCAUUUCCGAUCCUCCCAGCUGGGGGCGGGGCCACCUACUCCUGCUUCCUGUACGGGGCUCGUGAGUCGCCUUACGCUUCAUCGGCUCCCACCUUCCCUCUGGCUUAGUGGCUUUUUCUCCAUGGUCCCUGUUGCGAAGGCGAUGGCUCAAUUUCGUUUGGCCCUCAUCCAGCUUCGCGUAUCUUCUGUCAAGUCAGAUAAUCUGAGUCGAGCCUGUGACUUUAUCAAAGAAGCAGCAAACCAAGGAGCCAAAAUUAUCUCUCUUCCCGAAUGCUUUAACUCUCCCUAUGGCACAAACUUCUUUCCUGAAUAUGCAGAGACAAUCCCCGGUGAAACCACAGAACAGCUUUCUAUGUUAGCCAAGGAAUGCCAAGUUUAUCUCAUUGGAGGUUCCAUUCCCGAAAAGGAUGAUGAGAAAUUUUACAACACCUGUACUGUGUUUGGUCCUGAUGGAAGUCUACUGACAAAGCAUAGAAAGAUUCACUUGUUCGACGUUGAUGUUCCUGGGAAGAUUCGAUUCCAAGAAUCAGAAACAUUGAGCGCUGGCGACAGUUUCUCCAUUUUUGAAACCCCUUAUUGCAAAGUGGGUGUGGGGAUCUGCUAUGACAUGCGCUUUGCUGAACUUGCACAAGUCUACUCUCAAAGAGGUUGCCAGCUGCUGGUGUAUCCUGGUGCUUUUAAUAUGACCACUGGACCAGCACAUUGGGAGUUGCUUCAGCGGGGCCGUGCUGUUGACAACCAAGUGUUCGUGGCUACCACCUCCCCCGCCCGAGAUACAGAUGCCCCCUAUGUGGCCUGGGGACACAGCACGGUGGUGAGUCCUUGGGGAGAAGUCCUGGCCCAAGCCGGCAUCGAGGAAACCAUCGUUUAUGCCAACAUAGACCUGAAGAAGUUGGUUGAAAUUCGCCAGCAAAUCCCUGUUCUCAGCCAGAAGAGGGGAGACCUCUACGCUGUGGAGUGGAAAAAGCCCUGAGGAGUGCCAGGAGACGGGCUCCUGGGCCUGCGUCUUUGGGCUUUUUUCUGGAUCUCUGUAACUUUUCUAGCAGCCAAGCUUAAAGAAACGAAUGAUAAACCAACCCAGUUUCUGCAGAACAUUCUUAUGUAAGUAGGCUUAGCCAUUGGCUAAUGGAAGGAAAAGCGAUACAAACCGACAGGCAACGGGCAACAGACAGAUCCUGGCGGGGUGCCCGUGGGCACGGGAAUGGCAUACCAGAAGUGCCUGACAUUGCUUUACUUGGUUAACGUGUGGUACUGGGGGGGCCUGGCUGUUAGACCUACUGCGCAGAGACGGGGAAAGGGGCAUCGCUAAUAAAUACACUGGAAAGAUAAGGGUGGUUGGGGGGCUUAAAUUUCAUGUGUUUUUGGAGCAAUCAACCUAGAUUUAUGGUUUCUUCUGUCUUUGUAUUUAAGUACAUAAUAAAAAGGAGAAUUAUUUAGAA